CGACCGCGUUCAUGUUGCACGCACGAGCCAUGAUUUGAAUUGCGCUCGCUCGUGCCGCGUAGUCGUUUUUUAUUUUUUUUUUAAAUUUACCCUCUUACGUUUCUCCUCGCAUUCGGCCUCUCUACGCGCGCGCAUCUCUUGCGCGUGGGGACGGAAAUUCGGUUUCUUCGUUUUCGGGAAAUUCGGCGGACGUGUGAGAGGAUCACCGGAGAAUUCACACCACACACACACACACACUUGACAUACACCUGCGUGCAAAGUGCGUGUCUGUGAUACCCCUUCUCCCCCGAGAGAGCGCGGGUGAAAGAGAGCGCGAGAAAGAGAGAGAGAGAGAGAGAGAGAGAGAGCGAGACACGAAGUAAAAGGAGAGACACGACGGCGUGCGAUGGCUGCGCGGCCACGCAUUGGCCCUUCCGGUGGUGAACGCGCUUCCGGAAUUGCCCAGGACUUUGUCGGGGCGCGAUGGACUACCAGGACGAUGCUCGCCGUCGCGGCGGCGCUCGCCGUCCUCCUCUGCGUCACUGACGUCACGGCCAUUAGAUCGGGCGAUGGCUGCGGGAAUGGCAUGUUCAUGUGCAACGACGGCGUAUGCAUCCAGUCCAUUCUCGUCUGCGACUAUCGUGGCGACUGCGCUGAUAAUAGCGACGAGAUGCAGUCGUGUCCGCCGCCCGAAUGCGAUAUCGGUCAGAUCACGUGUGGCCAGUAUAGUUUCAACAAGACAUACUGUAUACCCCCGCAUCAACGAUGCGACAUGACCGUCGAUUGCGUCGACGGCACUGACGAGGACGGCUGUACGUACAGAAAAUGUCAGCCGGACGACUUCAGAUGCGUCGGCACCACGCCGGAGCUGUGCAUACCCAAAGAGAAAAGAUGCGAUGGUUACCUAGACUGCCGAAACGGCAGGGACGAGGAAGGAUGCAUAAACUUGUCGAAGCCGGCCUGCCGGCUGGACCAGUUCAGAUGUAACACCACGCAGCGUUGCAUUGACCAAAGCGUGAGGUGUAAUCACAGGGACAACUGUGGCGACAACAGCGACGAGGAGCAUUGCAAUUUCCCGCCUUGCACCAACGAUCAGUUCCGGUGCGCCAAUGCGCUCUGCAUCCCUAUAGCAUAUCAAUGCGAUAGUUACAAUGACUGCAACGAUAAUUCGGACGAGCGUUCCUGUACAAUGACAGUUUGUCCAGGAAAUAAGUUUAUGUGCCCAAAGGGUGCACCAGAUGGCAAGCCAUUGUGCAUCAAUCAGUCUCAACUGUGCAAUGGAAAACAGGACUGCGAGGACGGGGCGGACGAGGAAGCGGCAUGCUCGACGAGUAUGUGCAGCCUGCUUGGGUGCCAGCACAAAUGUCAAGCGUCGCCCACUGGAGGGACUUGUUAUUGUCCUGAGGGAAGAAUCCUGUCCAAUGAUUCAAGGACCUGCAUCGAUCGGGACGAAUGCUCGGAGUGGGGCUUCUGUGAACAGCUGUGCGAAAACAACGACGGUUCGUACACGUGUAGCUGCGUGCCCGGCUACACCCUUCACGGUCGCAACAAGUGUCGCACCCAGAACAGUUCUUCCCUGGAGCUUCUGCUCGCCCAGGACCGCGCGGUGUGGCGGCUGAGCGCCAACGGCGAGGAUCGCAGGAUAAUCGCGAAUACGACCGGUGCCAGCGGGCUGGACUACAUGUACUCGCGGGGUUUGCUCUUCUGGAGCGACUUGAAGACGCGGAAGGUACACUCGGAGUCUCUGAACUUCGGCAACGUGGUACGGAAGGCGGACAUCAGCAUGGCGGGCUCCUGGGGACCCGUGUCCAUCGCGGUCGAUUGGGUCGGUGAUAAAUUGUACGUGGCGGACUCCAUCGUGCAGAAGGUGGACGUAUUCGAGCUGGACGGACGCUAUCAUGGAAUCGUCGUCGGCUCCAAUCUCACUAACCCGGCUGACAUCGCGUUGGAUCCCACGAGAGGCCUCAUGUUCAUCGCCGAUAGCAAGCAGGUUCUCCGCACCAACAUGGACGGCACCAACGCGUUCCCCGUCGUCUCGGAAGCGGCUUACAAAGUCUCCGGCGUGGCCGUCGAUAUUAUCGCCAAACGGAUUUAUUGGUGUGACUCGCUGUUGGACUACAUCGAAACGGCGGACUACAGGGGUCGCCACAGGGUCAUGAUUCUCAGAGGAUCUCAAGUGCCAUCCCCAAUCAGGCUCACCCUUUUCGAGAACAGGAUUUACUGGUCGGACAGCAGCAAGCAGGCCGUCAUGAGCGUCGACAAAACUCAGGGAGACUACUCCAUCCAGAGCGUGUUUAAGGUGCGCGACGCUAAAGCUAUAAAAGCGUUGCAUCCGCUCGUGCAGCCCGCCGUUUCCAAUCCUUGUGGCAACAACAACGGCGGCUGCCAGCAUAUGUGCAUCGUUACCGCCUCCAGCGAUCAGAGCAACCGACUGGGCUACCGUUGCGCUUGCCAGAUCGGCUGGCGGUUGGCGAGCGACAUGAGGAACUGCAACUUGGUGCAGGAGUUCCUCAUGUACUCUCAGCAAAGGUUCAUCAAAGGCCGCGUACUCGACCCGGUGAUGGAAGGUUUCAGCGACGCCAUCUUGCCGGUGGUGUCCAGGCGGGCGCGCUUCGUCGGACUGGAUUAUGACGCGCACGACCAGUACAUUUACUACAGCGAUGUUCUUCAAGACGUCAUAUACAGGGUGCAUCAGAACGCGACCGGACGGGAGAUCGUCCUGGCUAGCCAGAACGAAGGGGUGGAAGGUCUUGCGGUCGACUGGGCUGCGAAGAACUUGUACUACAUCGAUUCGCGCAAAGGCACGCUGAACGUCCUCAGCACUCGGAACGUCACGUAUCGGCGGACGCUACUGAAGAACCUGAAGCGUCCUCGCGCGAUCGUCAUCCACCCGAACCAUGGUUACAUCUUCUUCUCGGAAUGGGACCGUCCAGCCAACAUCAGCAGGGCUCACGCGGACGGCUCGAACCUGGUAGUUUUCAAGAAUCUAACUUUGGGCUGGCCGAACGGCCUGGCAAUUGACUUCAGCAAGGACCGACUGUACUGGUGCGACGCUCUGUUGGAUCACGUGCAGCACUCAAAUCUAGACGGCACGGACGUGCGGACGGUGGACUCGAGAUUGAUACGACAUCCGUUUUCCAUUGCCAUUCAUGAGAUUUGGAUGUACAUCACCGAUUGGCGUCUGGACGCCAUUAUUCGGCUUCAUAAGGAGACCGGCGAGCAGGAAGCCAUCUUAGUCCGUGAGCCGGCCACCAACAGACUCUACGGCGUGAAGGUCUUCAGCCGUGAUAUUCAGGUCACGGCGCGCAAUCAUCCUUGCAGCAUUAACAAUGGGGGCUGCGACAAACUUUGUUUCGCCAUCCCGGAUAAUUCCUCACAGUCCGACGGCAUUGUUUUCCCUGGUAUACUGCCCUCGCCGAAGCUCACUCAAGUAUGCGGAUGCCCCUACGGGGAGCGUCUUCAAGGCAACGGCAGGAGUUGCGCAGCGGAUCCCGAUGGGGAGCCACCCUUGCAAGCUUGCCCGCAUACUUGGGACUUCACUUGCGCCAAUCAGAGAUGUGUGCCGAAGUCCUGGGUGUGCGACGGCGAGAACGACUGUCUCGACAACAGCGACGAGACGCAGAACUGCACGAAGCCAACUUGCGGUACGAACGAGUUUCAGUGCAAGUCCGGCCGCUGCGUGCCAAUAACAUUCCACUGCGACUCCGAAAACGACUGCGGCGAUUACAGCGACGAGGUGGGCUGUCCAAAUAUAACGUGCAGCUCGAACCAGUUUGCCUGCGCCAACAAUCGGUGCAUCCCGUUGAACUGGAAGUGCGACUCCGAGAACGACUGCGGCGACAAUUCCGACGAGGGUGAAUUCUGCGCAGCGAAAACCUGCUCGUACUUCCAGUUCACCUGUCCACGCUCGGGCCACUGCAUACCGCAGUCUUGGGUGUGCGACGGCGACAGUGACUGCUUCGACCAGCAGGACGAGAUGGACUGUCCGCCGGUUACUUGUCUCAGCACGCAGUUCACGUGUGCGGAUCAGAAGAUGUGUGUUUUAGCGUCGUAUAAGUGUGACGGUAUCAGUGACUGCAAUGACGGUUCCGACGAAGUGGGCUGCCCGUCGUUGGCACCGGAUCAGUGCAAUCCCGACAAACAGUUCCAAUGUGUCGGCUCAGCCAUCUGCAUACCUAAAAGUUGGUACUGCGACGGUACCGCAGAUUGCCCCGACAAGUCCGACGAGCCGGAGUCCUGCGGAAAGAUCGACUGUCAGCCUGGAUUCUUCAGAUGCCAGAACGACAAGUGCGUGUUCAAGGCGUAUAUCUGUGACGGCAAAGACGACUGCGGUGACGGUUCGGACGAGAGCACCGAGCUGCACGCAUGCGGACCUCCUCCGUUCAAAUGCGACUCCCAGCAGUGGAAGUGUCCGAACGUGACGAAUCGUUGCGUGCCGACGAGUAGCGUGUGCGACGGCAAGGUGGAUUGCCCGAAUGGCGGAGACGAGGGAUUCGGCUGCGUUCUCUCCGAAUGCAUCCUCCAAGGUGGACUGUGCACCAAUGGCUGCAUGAUGACUCCGAUUGGCGCGCAAUGUGUUUGUCCGGCUGGCGAAGAGCUCGAUGGUGACGGUUUCGCGUGUCACGACAUGAACGAGUGCGAACCGCCGGGUAAAUGCUCGCAGAUCUGCGUGAACACGAAGGGCAGCUAUUACUGCGACUGCACGGAGGGUUACAUGUUGGAGAAAGACAAGCACACCUGCAAGGCGUACAAUCACAGCGCCGCCUUCUUAAUUAUUUCCAACAGGCACACCAUUCUGGUGGCUGAUCUUCAGGACCAAGCGCUCGAACGAGUUCCUAUCAAUGUGGAGAACGUGGUGGCGACCGCCAGCAAUAUGCACACCGGUACUAUCUUCUGGUCCGAUAUGAAGCUAAAGAGAAUCUCGCGGUUGGACCGAGGUAGUGAUCCCCAGGACAUUAUCAGUACCGGCCUAGACCUGGUGGAAGGUCUCGCUUACGACUGGAUCGGUCAUAAUCUGUACUGGCUGGACUCGAAGCUGAAUACGAUUGAAGUGGCGAAAGAAAACGGAGUUGGAAGGAUGGUACUCGUUAAGGAGAACAUCACGCAACCCCGUGGUAUGUGUCUGGAUCCCAGUCCACGAGCGAGAUGGCUCUUCUGGACCGAUUGGGGGGAGAACCCUAGAAUCGAAAGAAUCGGAAUGGACGGCAAUAACCGAUCGACUAUCAUCAACACGAAGAUCUAUUGGCCUAACGGCUUGGCUCUGGAUAUCGCGAACCGUAGAAUCUACUUUGCAGACAGCAAGCUGGACUUUAUCGACACUUGUCUCUAUGACGGCAGUAAGAGGAUCCAAGUUUUAGCCAGCUCCCAUUACCUCCUGCAUCCUCACUCUCUCACACUCUUCGAGGACACUAUGUAUUGGACUGACAGGCAGCUCAAUCGGGUGCUGUCAGCGCACAAGUUCAAGGGCUCCAAUCAGACGGUGGUGUCGCAUUUAAUCUCGCAGCCUCUCUCCAUACACGUGCAUCACCCGGUACUGCAGCCGAUCACUCCGAAUCCUUGCGCCAAUGCGAUGUGUGAACACCUGUGUCUUUUAUCGCACAACAGUCCAACGGGAUACAGUUGCAAGUGCCAAGUUGGAUUCAAAUUGUCGCCCGAUGGCCGAUGCACGGAAGAAGAAACGCCAUACUUGAUGAUCCUACGAGGGUCUCAGAUUGUUGACGUUUCCUUGACGCCCGGAGAAGUCAAAACUGGAUAUAUCACACCCGUAGUCGGCGUGGAAGGCGGCAGAUUCAUCGAUUACGACCGAAAUAAUCGUAUCAUCUACUGGCUGCAAGGUAAAGACGGCGACGACGAGAAUGGCACAGUUUACACCAUUCCCUACAACGGUGGUAACAGGACAGAGUUCCCUAAUCCGGAAGGCGACAGUGGCAUCGUCGGUUCACCAUCCACCAUGGCGUUGGACUGGCUUGGCCGCAAUUUGUUUAUUGGCAACAAGUUUGCAUCCAACAUCGAGGCCAUUAAGUUGGACGGCAAAACGCGGUUUCGUACGAUAAUUUUGGCGAACGAUGGCAACCGGACGUCGGUCUCUAAGCCGAAAGCAAUGUGCGUGGAUCCCAUUGACGGUCAGGUGUUUUGGGUGGACGAGGGUGGUUUCGGAGUGCCGCAGAAGAUCGGACGAGUAAAUAUGGACGGUAGUAACCCGUUAAUUCUCGUGGAAAACUUGGAACGUCCCGAGGCCAUCACUAUCGACAUUCCCAGCAAGACGUUGUACUUUUCCUCGCAAAAUCCGUCUUUUAUCAAGGCCAUGUCGACGGACGGCCUGAACGUCCGCACCAUCCUCACUGCGGCGAAUAACCUGAUGUUGCCGAAGGCGUUGGCCGUGCACGAUUCUCGUUUGUACUAUUUGGAUCCACGUUACGAUAAGGUCGAGCGUGUCGAUCUGCCUAACGGCGACAAUCCGGUCACUCUCAUCGAUAAUGACUCUGAGCUUCGCACUCUGACUAUUUAUAAGAAACGCGCCACCGGAUCUCACCCUUGUCUCAUCAACAACGGCGGCUGCGAGCAGCUGUGUCUACCCGCGUCGGGAGGCACUCGUGUUUGCGCCUGUGGAAUGGAAUACAGGAAGAUCAGUGAUACCAGGUGUGAACCUUACAAGACAUUCGCGGUGGUCACUCAGCUGGACGUUGCCAGAGGCUACAGUCUCAAGGAUUCCAAGGAGGCCAUGAUACCCAUCGCUGGAGUUGGUCAUCACAUUCUGCAUGUGGACGUGCAUUAUGCGGGCAAUUGGAUAUAUUGGGUGGAGUUCAACCGAGGCAUUUGGAAUGGUAUCUUCAGGAUACGACCCAACGGCACGGAAUUGCAACAAGUGGUCAAACAGGGAAUCGGUUCCAACGGAAUCCGCGGCCUGGCCGUGGACUGGAUCGCCGGAAACUUGUACUUUGCUAAUGUCUUUCCCCAUGACAACUAUGUGGAGGUUUGCUGGUUGGAUGGCUCCAACCGGAAAGUACUUGCAAAGACGACCACGGAUGCUCCUCGCGAGCUCGCUGUGAACCCCAUCAAGCGAUAUCUGUAUUGGAUCGAUUACGGACAGUAUCCUCGAAUAGUCAAGGCCUUCCUCGAUGGCAGCAACUGGUUCCCCAUCGUGACGUCCGGUAUCAGCACACCGCGCGAUCUCACCAUCGAUCCCGCGACGCACGAUAUUUACUGGGUGGACUCGAAACUGGACACCAUCCAGAAAGUGUCCUACACCGGCGGGAAUCGGGAGAUCAUCCGCAGGAAUUUGCCGAAUCCAAUGGGCGUCGCCAUUUUCGGCGGAGAUGUCUAUUGGGUGGACCGGAAUUUAGCCACCGUCUUCAGAGCGAGCAAAUUGAAGGGCAAUACCAGUCUUCCGAUGCCUGUGAGAACUAAUCUGCAGAAGCUGAGAGACAUCGCCAUCUUUGACCAGAGCAGUCAGCCGUCUGAUCGAAGCAAUCCUUGCGCGCAGGAGCUGAGUGGCAGCUUAUGCUCUCAGCUGUGCUUCGCUUUCCCGAAGGACAAUCCGAAGCCGUUCACUUGCGACUGCGCGGUGGGCAAACUGUCCGCCGACGGCCACACCUGCGAGAACGUCGAGGAGUACUUGGUUUUCGCCACGCGAACGGAGAUUCGCGCCAUCAACCUGGACCCGCACAAUACGAACGUGCCUUUCGCGCCGGUUGGCAAUCUGACGAACGUGGUCGGUGUGGACUUCGAUUAUCAGGAUAAGAAGCUAUUGUUCACUCAGAUUCGCCCUUGGGCGAAGAUCGCGUGGACGCCGGCCGACCGGCCAGCCUCGUCCGAUCUGCACACGCUGAUCAGCAAAGGAAUUAAUCCCGAGGGCAUCUCCUACGAUUGGACUCAGAAGAAGGUGUAUUGGACGGACUCGUCCAACAACAGUAUCUACGCGAUGGACAUCGACGGGUCGAACUUGGUGAUGAUCGCGCGCGUAGAUCGCCCGCGUGCGAUCGUGGUCGAUCCCUGCAACGGUUCGCUUUACUUCACCGAUUGGGGCCGCUUCGGGACGUCCGGGAAGAUCUUCAAGACGACCAUGGCGGGAUCGCUGAAACACGCCAUCAUCGACAAGGAUCUGUCGCAACCCAGCGGUCUGGCGAUCGACUACGACGACCGGAUGUUAUACUGGACCGAUGCUGUGCGCGAGAAAAUCGAGCGGUCCGAUCUCGAAGGAAAUAACAGGGAGGUUCUAGUUAGCGCUACCAUCUACCCCUUCGCCAUCACCGUGUUUCGGGAGCAUAUCUAUUGGACGGAUCUGCAGCUUCGUGGGGUUUAUCGAGCGGAAAAGCACACCGGGGCCGAUAAGAUCGAGCUGGUGAAGCGGCUGGAGGAUUCCCCGCGCGACCUUCACGUCUUCUCCGCCGCCAGGCAACAGUGCACCGUUAAUCCCUGCAACAUCAAUAACGGCGGCUGUGAUCAGUCCUGCCAUCCAGGCCACAACAGCUCCGCCGAGUGCAAGUGCGACGACAACAGCCGGCUGGUGAACGAGAACAGGAUGUGCGUGUCGAAGAAUGUUACCUGCGACGCCAGCAAGUUCGCCUGCAGGAACGGCAGGUGCAUCUCCAGGAUGUGGGCUUGCGACGGCGACGAUGACUGCGGCGACGGCUCCGACGAGAACACGAAUUAUUGUUCCUAUCACUCGUGCAGCCCGAACGAGUUCCGUUGCAACAACGGCCGGUGCAUCUUCAAAACGUGGAAGUGCGAUCACGAGAACGACUGUCGGGACGGUAGCGACGAGGAGGGCUGCGUUUAUCCGCCCUGCGCGCCAGGCGAAUUCACCUGCGCCAACUAUCGUUGCAUCCCGCAGUCGCAGGUGUGCAACGGCAUCAACGACUGCAAGGACAAUGUCACCUCGGACGAGACUCACGAGCGUUGUCCUCGCAACACCACGUGUCCCCUGAAUCACCUUAAGUGCGAGAAGACGAACAUCUGCGUCGAACCUUACUGGCUUUGUGACGGUGACAAUGACUGCGGCGACAAUAGCGAUGAGAAUCCUAUCCAUUGCGCCCAGAGGACUUGCCCGCAAAAUAGUUUCCGCUGUCCUAAUCAUAGGUGCAUUCCAGCUACUUGGUAUUGCGACGGAGACGACGACUGCUUGGACGGGAGCGACGAGCCUCCUGGUUACUGCCAGUCCGAGGGUAGGACAUGCUUCGGUGACUUGUUCACGUGCGACAACGGCAACUGCAUCCCUAGAAUCUACAUAUGCGACGGGGACAAUGACUGUCUGGACAACUCCGAUGAGGACGAACGUCAUCAAUGCAACGACAGAAAAUGCGACGAAGAGACCGAAUUCACUUGCGACGCGAACAAGAUGUGGAACCGCGCUCAGUGCAUUCCGAAGAAAUGGCUGUGCGACGGAGACCCGGACUGCGUUGACGGGGCCGACGAGAAUGUGACCUUGCACCAUUGCCCGGCGCCGACGCCGUGUGCCGAGAAUCAGUUCACCUGCAACAACGGCCGAUGCCUGAAUCGCAGCUGGCUGUGCGAUCAUGACAACGAUUGCGGCGACGGUAGCGACGAGGGGAAUUUCUGCAACUCCCAAUACAAGCAGUGCAACAGCCAAGAGUUCACCUGUCAGAAUUUCAAAUGCAUACGCAAGCAGUUCCGCUGUGACAACCAAGACGACUGCGGUGACCACUCGGACGAAGUGGGAUGUCCGUCUAAAGCGAAGAACACCACGUGUCCGAAUCCGAAGGACUUCAUGUGCGCGAACGGCAUCUGCAUCGACUCGCAGCUGGUGUGCAACAAGGAGCCGGACUGCACCGACGAGAGCGACGAGCCCCUGCAUUGCAACGUGGACGAGUGCGCUCGUAUCGAGUUGAAUCAGUGCGGGCACAAGUGCGUGGACACCCCGACGAGCUUCUACUGCGAAUGCAAUCCCGGCUACAAGCUGUUGGCCGACGGCAAGGCCUGCGACGACAUCGACGAGUGCAUCGAGACACCUCAGGUGUGCAGCCAGCAAUGCGAGAACACGCCCGGCGGUUAUUACUGCAAGUGCAACGAACGCUGGUACGAGAGAGAGGCCGACGAGCACACGUGCAAGCGCAGGGACAACAUUCAGCCGUGGAUCGUAUUCACGAACAAGUAUUACGUUAGAAACAUGUCGAUCGACGCGCGCAAUUACAGCCUGAUGCAUCAGAACCUGGUGAACGUCGUUGCGCUGGACGCGGAUUACGCAAUGCAAAUGCUGUACUUCUGUGACGUCACCGCGAAGACGAUAUACAGAGCGCCGAUAAACGGUGGCGAAAGGGAGGCCAUCAUUCGCCACGAUAGUUUGGGUCUGGAAGGGAUAGCCAUCGACUGGGUCGGCCGGAAAUUAUAUUGGUUGGAUCGGCAUGCGAAACAUUUGGACGUAUCCGAGCUCGACGGUACCAACAGGAAGACCCUGCAGUCCGGAAUAGCGGAUCCACGCGCGAUCGCGGUCCACCCUGGCACCGGAUACCUGUACUUCACAUCGUGGCACCUUCAGGCGUACAUCGGCAAGAUGGGCAUGGACGGUAGCAACUUCACUCGAAUUCUUACGUGGGAGGACGACAUCGCCUGGCCGAACGCCCUGACAAUCGACUACUUCACCGACCGUAUUUUCUGGGCGGACGCUCACCUGGACUACAUCGCAUUCGCAGACCUGGAAGGCCACAAUCGGCGGAUCGUUCUGUCGGGCACUUCCGUGCCGCACGUCUUCGCCAUUACCGUGUUCGACGACUUCAUUUACUGGACCGAUUGGAAUCUGAAGGCUAUCAGCAAGGCGGAGAAGUUCUCCGGCGCUCGUCUGAAGAUGUUGCGCAACACCACUCAUCGGCCUUACGACAUCCACGCGUACCACCCUCUCCGGCAGCUGCCUUACAACAACCCUUGCUCCGAGAAGAACGGUGGCUGCUCCCACCUGUGCCUGAUCGCGCCGCCCGCCAGCUCAUACCUGCUCGAAGGAUACGGCCAACCUGGAGUUACGUCCUUCAAGUGCAAGUGCCCGAACCAGUUCAUCCUGGACAAGGACGGCAAGACGUGCAUCUCGAACUGCACAGCGGGCCAGCAUCGUUGCGGACCGCCCGACGAGAAGUGCAUCCCUUGGUAUUGGAGGUGCGACGGGGAGAAGGACUGCAAGGACGGCUCCGACGAGUCGCCGAGCUGCCCGGCGAGGAAUUGCGCGGCGAGCAUGUUCCAGUGCGUGAACGGGAACUGCACGUCGACCGUGACGAUUUGCGACGGGGCCGACGAUUGCGGCGACAAGAGCGACGAGGCCAAGUGUGCGCUCGAGUGCGGGGAGCUCGAAUUCAAGUGCAAGUCCAACGGUCGUUGCAUACACGACUCCUGGAAGUGCGACGGAGAUGCUGAUUGCAAGGACGGCAGCGAUGAGGACCCCUCUAUUUGUCGCAAGCAAGCAUGCGACCAGAGCACUGAAUUCAGCUGCAAGAACGGCAAGUGCAUUCCCAAGCUGUGGAUGUGCGACUCCGACAACGAUUGCGGGGACGACAGUGACGAGCCGGCUUACAUGUGCCGACAAAGGAACUGCACGACCGGGUGGCAACGAUGUCCAGGUCACGCGAACUACCGAUGCAUUCCGAAGUGGCUGUUCUGCGACGGCAAAGACGAUUGUCGCGAUGGUUCGGACGAGCGUCCGGAGAACUGUCCGAAAUGCGAUCCCAGGAUGGACUUCAAGUGCGCCAAUAAUCGCUGCGUGCCGAAACAGUGGCUUUGUGAUUUCGCCGACGAUUGCGGGGACGGUAGCGACGAGAUGGAAGCGAUGUGCAAGGAUAAGUACCGCGAGUGCUCGGAAUCUGAGUUCAAGUGCAAGAAUGGCAAGUGUAUCGCGUCCAGGUGGAGAUGCGACAGCGAGGAUGACUGCGACGACAACAGCGACGAGGAAGACUGCCAUCAGUGGGUGUGCAUGUCUAAUAGUUUCCAAUGCAAGAGUGGUCACUGUAUCGCGUCGUACCUUCGUUGCAACGGGGUGCGCAACUGCCGCGACAUGAGCGACGAGAUCAACUGUCCAGCGAAGUACCCUGGCGGCAGGUAUUGCCCGCAAUCGCGAUUCCAAUGCGACAACAAUCUCUGCACCGCACUGACCGACGUUUGCGACGGUACCGAUGACUGUGGCGAUAAUUCCGACGAGGAACCCACCAUGUGCGCGAACUUCGAGUGCGACACUCACAGGCGGUUCCAGUGCGCGAAUCACAAGUGCAUCGCCAAGUACCAGUUGUGCGACGGGGUCGACAACUGCGGCGACGGCUCCGACGAGAAUAACAUGACGAUAUGUGUGAAACAGACGCGGCCCUGCAACCCGAUGUCGGAAUACACCUGUGCGAAUAAGAAGUGCAUCGAACGCGAGAAGCUCUGCGAUCUCGCGGACGACUGCGGCGAUUUGUCGGAUGAAUUAGGAUGCCAUCACGUUCAUCAUUGUUCGGCGACCGACCGCGGCGGCUGUGCUCAUCUGUGCCACAACACCACCGACAAGGGCUACAUCUGCGCUUGUUAUCCCGGCUAUAUAAUCUCGAAAGACAACCGAAAGCAUUGCGAGGAUAUCGAUGAAUGCCAAACCGGGCUGCAUCAAUGCUCUCAUAUUUGCACGAACCUGAACGGCUCUUACGCCUGCUCUUGCCGGCAAGGUUUCCAAUUGUCGGACGGUCACAGUGGUGUGUGCCGUGCCGAAGAUGACGACACCGUCGUACUGUUUGCCGAUGGCCCCGAAGUCAGAGCCUACGGUCUGCAAACCAAACAGGAAAUAGACGUGAUUGGCGACGAGAAGCAAGUGCAAGCCAUCGACUUCGACCCUAAAGCGGAGUAUGUUUUCUGGAUCGAUUCCUACGACAACACCAUCAAACGAUCUUACAUGGUGAACGCGAGGAAAGGCGAAGCGAAAGUUGGAUAUGCCCAGGACCUCAACAUGAAGACUGAGUCUAAGCCGACGAGUUUGGCGGUGGAUUGGAUCUCCGACAACUUGUAUUGGAGCGAAGUCGACGAGACAGGGGCCACUUUGCACGGUCGAGUCAUGGUGUCAAAGUCGGACGGCAGAUACCGACGUAGCCUGGUCACUGUGAAUCUCGAGCAACCAACAUCGGUAGCCGUGGAUCCCGAACGUGGGGAACUGUUAUGGGCUGAUGCGGGUAUUCAGCCGAAGAUCGAGAUUGCUUGGAUGGAUGGUGACAGACGUAAGAUGCUCGUGACGGAACGAAUCGCCAGUCCCUCGGCGCUGACCAUCGACUACGCCAUGGAGCACACGCUCUAUUGGUCCGACAGCAAAUUGGACACCAUUGAGGCGAUCAGUUUAGCCGGCAACAACAGGCGAAUCGUCCUGAGGGGUAGAUCCCUCAAGAAUCCAGUGGCGUUGGAUGUCUUCGAGAACAAUCUUUAUUGGACCACCAAGCAGACCGGCGAGCUCGUCCGACAAGACAAGUUUGGCAGAGGAGUGCCGAACGUUAUUAUCAAGAAUCUCCCUAAUCCCGGAGGCGUUAGGAUCUACCACCAGCUGAGAUACAACACUACUCUGAGAGACCCAUGCCACAACGAUCAGUGCACUCAUCUUUGCGUCGCAAUCCCCGGCGGACAUCGUUGUCUCUGCUCGGACAGCGUUGGUCCUCUUCAACGGCCUAUCAGAGACGAUAACGAGAGGCAUUGUGACGCUACUAAUGAGAGACCCUUGCCGGCACCCAGGAUAUGCCGUUGCCAAAAUGGCGGCCGGUGCCGAGAGGAGGACGAUAAGCUGGCGUGCAAUUGCCGUGAAGAAUUUCACGGUGAAUUCUGCGAAAUGGCGGCGGUCGCUGCCAUAGCAGGCGGAUCCACCGCUGCCAUAGUCAUUCCUAUAGUUGUGACUCUGCUGGUGCUGUUCGGCAUUGCUGCGGUCUUCAUGGUCCUGAAGAAACGGCCGUUCAGUAAGCCCGGUGGCUUGGGCAGUCUCACCGGCGCGCAAAGUGUCUCCUUCCGUCAAGGCAGCAACGUGGAGUUCGGUUCGGCCGCCCACGAAAGGAUGGAGCCCCUCGAUGUGGAAUACAAUCUCAAUGACGUCACCAAUAAGAAUCGAGACUUCAGCAAUCCAAUGUACGACGCGGUGAAUAUGGAGAGCGGCGCCACGAACGGUACUGGCGCCAGUAGCAUGUACGAAGCGCCGGCGGAGAUGAAGCCCUCCAGCGUGCAGCACAAAGAACUCCCGCAGCUGCAUCUAAAGAGGAGAGAGCUGGAUCCGACGCCCAUCGACUCGGGCAAGGACACCCAGCAACUGGUCGAGGAGGACAAGUCCGAAUGCUAGGACUAAUCCAUAUUUAGGGAUUCUUUCAUACCUAUCGUGCUUCGAGCUCGAAACGCAGAUCGAUAUGUUUCACGACUGUGGGUAAUAUACAGGGACACGACGCAAAUUAGCUCAUCAUUUUAACGCAAAGUACAGUGCGAAUUACCUACAACCGCUCGUUAUUUAUUAAGCAGGCGAGAUCGAACGAGAUUUAUUUUUUAACGUGUGGCGACUGAUUUGAGGUUCUGUCUUACGUUUAGCGAUCUCCGGAUAUGAACAUUUCGGGAUCUCCGAGUUCUCGGGAAUAAGAGGAUAAGAGGGAAAACCACUUGAGUGAGGAAAUUUGAGAAUGUGAUGGCAUUCUUGAAUUUAGAAUACAGGAAUUUUUGUAUAAUAAUUACGAAAGAUUCAAAUUUUUGCAUGUCCAGGUACCUAAGGUUCUUGACACACGUUUAGGCUGUUAACUUCCCGCAUCCCCAGACCUGAGGAUCUGUGGAACGCAGGUUCUUACAAAUCCGUAGGUCCUCCGAACCAAAAAUUGUGAAACUAGUUCCAGGAUCCUCGGAUCCUGGAGAUUAUAGGACAAUAGAAGAUGGACGACACGGGCGCGGUCGCGAAUCGAUAGUAUCAAUUUAACGGGGAGAGUACAGGAGGACGAAUUGCAAUAGACACGAUUUGAUUGUGUCAUUUUUUACUAGGUGUGAUUUGUAAGUCUUGUAAAUAUAAUUGCUAACAAAGUAUAAUGUUCAUGUUAUCCUUGUAUCAUAAAAAGACGCAACACAUUCCAUUCUCUCUCAAAGUUGCUGCUUGAAGUGUAGUGAUAGCACACUUCCAAUUGUUAGAACGUGUAUGUAUAUGUGUGUGUAUGCGUGCACGUGCGCGCAGUACUCGAAUUGGUACAUUCAAUUUCUUGAGAAGCCUCCGAAACGUCCACAGCACAUUUGCACACGUACGUCGAUACUUUGGGUUCGGUGUUAUGAAACCAAAUUUUAUCAAAUGAUGUUAGAUAGUUCUUCUGCUAUUUUAAAUCAUGAUUACUCGUAUAAAAAUUAUAAAAAAAAUGGAGUUUAAUAAUUUGAUAAUUUAAGUAUGUGUGUAUGUUCCAUUUUCUCAUCGGUGCAAAACCUCGAAUACUUCGUGUAUGCGUCAGAAUUAAUCCUCAACUACGAGAUGGUGGGGUCAAAUUUGACUUUUGUGAGAAUCUGUAAAAUCGCCAGUUUGUGAAAUUCAAAAGGAUUCGGUACCUGUUUUGUAUAAUUAAUAUUUUCACUACAUGUAUUUCUUUUUUUGUUUUUCCGUCUACUUUCAAUUAAAAUUUAAUGUAACUGUUUUCUCGGAGUUGGAAUUGAUCCUGCUAUAACAGUUGCAUUAUCGGGGUUGGGUUAUAGUAGUUGAGGAUUAAUGAUGUACGCGCACUCGUUUAAGAAGCUGUAUCUUUAGCGGAGUAUUUUAGUAAAGCGUGGCGUUAGACUUUUUUAUGUUGAAAAGUGACCUAUCUUGUUAUGAUGAGUAGAAGCGUGCAAGCCCAAGGAGCGAGAUAAACGCGUGUUUCGCGUAUGAGCGUUUUAUUAAAUGUUAUUCUUGUGGAUGUUAUUGCAGAACGAUCGAUUGUAUGACAUAAAUAAGUAUCUCUUCCGCGGCGUAUAUGCGCACAGAAUGUUUGCUCGGCCAACAUCAUUGUACAUUUUUCUAGAUUAUGUGGGGUACUUCUCCUGCAAAAAAAAAAUGACUAAAUUAAAAGGAAUCGACGGGAAAUUCAUUCUGUAAAAUCAACUCUCUAAUCUUUAAAAUCAUAGAUUUAUUUCAACAUUUUUGUAUUCCUUCCUAUUCUUUCCUAUCUUUUCCUGAGACGCUGGUGUUAUAUUAUGCACUUGACGCUUUUAUUUUUUCCUAUGAAAACCGUUAAAAUAAUGUGAAAAGAUAGCGAGUAAAAAAACAAAAAUGAUCGUUUUACUUUAAUUUAAAAUAUUGAUUAAUUCGAUCAGGUGAUCUCGACAGGUGAUUCUCACAAAAUGUCCUUUGUUCUAUCAUGAGAAAAGGAGUACGCAAUGUUUAAUGAAAACAAUUUUGGAUGUUGUAUGUCCGAUUAUAGCGAGGUGAUUAAUACAAAACAAGUUCCUAUUAAUUCCUUUUAAUGCAGUUAUAUUUCUUGCAGGUUCAGUACGCGUGUAAUUCUUCUUCCGCGUAAACUGUGAUUGCAGUGUAAAGUUCCUUGUAUCUUCUGAUACACGAUUUCCAAUUGUUAUGCGCGAAAAUUAGACAUUUUUUUCUAAAUUCUUGGAAUUUUCUAAAAUUCUUGGAAUCUUUCGAAAUCUCCAUGCAAGGUUGAGAAAAAUUUCAAGGAUUUCCCUUAGAUGUAAAGAAUUAGGAAUUUCAUCACUUUGUAAAUAUUAAACAGUUGAACCUCUCCGCUCUCGUACAAUACGAGGAAAAAGUGCCUUGUUCUUGAAUGAUGCAAGGAUAUUUGAUUUAUACUUAAAAAAAUUGGAAUAAUAAGAUAUGCUCGAUGUACAUACAUGUUUCGCGAAGUAAAGGAAGAGAAUUAUCGGCACUGACCCACGUUUCUCGUGCACACAGAUUAUUAUACAUAAAAAUAUAUAAAUAAAUAAAUAAAUAUA